AUGUCUCAGAGAGAGUCCAGAGGGGCACUGGCCAUGCCAGGAGUAGGGAAGAGCCCGGCCAAGGCCACACCGAGGUUGCUAGCAGGCACUGACAGGAAGAGGAGCCGCCUGAGCAGGACAGGGCAGGACCUGUGGGAAGAGACCAGCUGGAGCAACCAAAGAUGGAGCAGAGCUGCCCCAAGCCCUCGAGGGGCCAGGGCCAGGAGCCUGGCUCGUGGCCGGAGUGAAGCCAGUCCUGAGAACGCCGCUCGGGAGCGGAGCCGGGUGAGGACGCUGCGCCAGGCCUUCCUGGCCCUGCAGGCCGCUCUGCCUGCCGUGCCGCCCGACACCAAGCUGUCCAAGUUGGACGUGCUGGUGCUGGCCACCAGCUACAUAGCCCACCUCACCCGCACACUUGGCCACGAGAUGCCUGGCCCCGCCUGGCCACCCUUCCUGCGUGGACUCCGCUACUUGCACCCUCUCAAGAAGUGGCCGAUGCGAUCGCGUCUCUACGCCGGAGGCCUGGGGUGCUCUGGCCUUGACUCCACCACAGUCGUCACCUCGGGCCAAAGAACAAAGGAGGCAGAGACCAGGCCCCAAGUCUCUGGAGAGGCAGAUGCUCUUCUUCUCGCCAGGCCGCUCUCACCAGCACCUGGUGACAAGUGA